GAAAAACGUUGAUAAUAGUAGCAGUAAUAGUAGUAGUAGUAGUAGCAGUAAUAGUAAUAGCAGUAGCAGCAGUAGUAGCAGCAGCAGCAGCAGCAGCAACAGCAGUAGCAGUAGCAGUAGCAGCAGUAGUAGUUCUGAAUCAGAAGUAGACAUGGAAAAAUCAACAUUAACAACUACAACUACUAUCAACAAAAAUAAGCCAAAAAUAUUUACAGGACGACCUAUUAAAGCUAUUAGUAGUAAUCGAAUUCGUAUAAGAACAAAUGAUGGUGAUAUAUUUGAAGCAGAUAGAUUCUGUCCUCAUAAAAAAGUUGAUUUAGUUACUUGGGGGCAAGUAAUGGGUAGAACAUUAAUUUGUACAAAGCAUAACUGGAAUUUUAAUUUGGAUAAUUCUAUUGGAUUUGGAAGAAAAGGAAAAAAUCUGAAUGCUUGUCAAGUUAAUGAUUGGUAAAGACAUUGCAAUUUUUCUUUUUUCUUUCUUUGUUUUAUUAUAAAUACAUAAAAAUAUAUACGUUUGACUCUUUAUUUCUUCUUGGGUCGAGGAAGUGGAAUUGAAUAAGGAUCAAUACCCUUUCUAUAUCUUUCUACCCAACUUAAGAUAUAUCUAAAAUAAUGAUUAUUAACUUUUAUACAAAUAAAUAAAUUUUAAUAUUUCAAAACCUACUUUCUUUGCUUUGUUUCAAUACC